AUGGACGGUCCCGCAGGACCAACACCAUGUAAGUUAAGAAAUGGCAGAAACGAGACGCAAGACGACUUAACUACACCCAUAGAAAGGCUCUGUACAAAUGACACAAGCAAUGACAGCUUUCAAACGAAUUGUCAAUGUGAGAAGAUACAAAGUGAAGUGAAAAUAAGAAGCAAGAGGUACGGCAGAGGGGCUGUGGAGUCAGGUCUCACACACGAAUGCGGCGUAUUCGGAGCUAUAGGUACAGGUGAAUGGCCGACACAGGUGGACGUCGCGCAAGUCAUUUGUUUAGGAUUAGUGGCAUUACAACACAGGGGUCAAGAGUCGGCCGGGAUCGUGACGUCAGAGGGCAAAAGCGCACGAACUUUCAACGCACACAAAGGGAUGGGCCUGAUCAACAAUAUAUUUAAUGACGAAGCCAUGAAGAAGCUAAAAGGGAACCUUGGCAUCGGUCACACCAGGUAUUCAACGUCAGCAGCGUCGGAGGAGGUGAACUGCCAGCCGUUCGUGGUGCACACGGCGCACGGCGCGCUGGCUGUCGCACACAACGGCGAGCUGGUGAACUGCAGUAGUCUUAGGAAGAUGGUGCUCGGCAGAGGGGUGGGCUUAUCAACGCACUCGGAUUCGGAGCUAAUCACGCAGGCCUUGUGUCUAAAUCCACCUGAGGGCGAAACGAAUGGACCCGACUGGCCUGCCAGAAUCAAUAACCUUAUGAGGCUGGCUCCUCUAAGUUAUUCCCUGGUUAUAAUGCUGAAAGAUAAAAUCUACGCCGUUCGGGACCCGUACGGCAACCGGCCGCUGUGUUUGGGCAAGAUAUUGCCUUUGGGCUCCUCAUUUUUGAUGAACGGCACUGCAAAGAAUGGCGUGGACGACAAGGCUGAGGGUUGGGUUGUGUCGUCAGAGUCCUGUGGAUUCCUCUCAAUAGGUGCGCGUUACGUGCGUGAAGUUCUCCCCGGAGAAAUAGUGGAAAUGUCCCGGCGCGGGAUCCGCACCGUGGCUAUUGUAGAGCGACCGGCAGAUAAGCAGCAGGCCUUCUGCAUUUUCGAGUAUGUCUACUUCGCAAGGGCCGACAGUAUCUUUGAGGGUCAGAUGGUGUAUUCGGCGAGGCUGCAGUGUGGACGCAUGCUGGCGCGCGAGUCGCCCGUGGACGCGGACAUCGUGUCCUCUGUGCCCGAGUCGGGAACCGCGGCCGCACACGGAUACGCGAGACAGUCCGGCAUCCCGUUCAUGGAGGUACUAUGCAAGAACCGGUACGUCGGCCGGACCUUCAUUCAGCCGUCCACGAGGCUGCGUCAGCUCGGCGUCGCGAAGAAGUUCGGAGCUCUCUCAGAGAAUGUGAAGGGGAAGAGGAUCGUGCUGAUCGACGACUCCAUUGUGCGGGGGAACACCAUCGGACCGAUUAUCAAACUGUUGAGGGACGCCGGUGCGGCUGAGGUGCACAUAAGGAUAGCAUCACCGCCUUUAAAAUACCCGUGCUACAUGGGAAUCAAUAUUCCAACGACGGAGGAAUUGAUUGCCAAUAAAAUGGAUUCCUACAAACUAGCCGAACACGUCGGUGCGGACAGUCUCGAAUACCUCAGUGUGGAAGGCUUAGUAAGUGCCGUUCACUACAACAUGAAGACCUCACCAAGUGAUGGAUUGGGUGGUCAUUGCACUGCAUGUCUCACCGGAGAGUAUCCUGGCGGACUUCCUGAAGAUAUUGACUGGUGA